GCGCGAUAAAGCGGACGCGCGACGCAGUGCGCGGCGAGUGCCGAUAAAUAAGGCGCGAUCGAGGGAGAGGCCGCGCGUAUCCGCUCCACUCGAGAUUAUCGGACGCGCGCGUACACACCCGCGCGCGACAAGCCUCCGAUCGCGAGAUCGCGGAAACCCCUACCCGUGCAACCGGAGCGGAGGCUCGAUAGGAGAGAGAGAGAGAGAGCCGCUUCCCGUCGCGACACCCGGCAAAUUUCGAAGGCCGCCGGGAGCGGACGCGCGCGGCCGUCACGGACCUACGUUAAACCCGGGGCUGCAUGGCAACGCCGUGGCGAACGUAGGAAAAUGUCCAGGAAGCGCACCCGGGAGGAAACUAUGCUGGCCACCGCGUCCCACCAGAACAGCGUCAAUGGAGAACGUGCGUCCUGCUCGAGGGAAGACUCUCCGGUUCACGCCUCGAUCUGUAAAGAGGCGCCCUUCAGCGACGAUCCAGAUGCUAUCGCGGAGAGGAACGCGUGCGACUAUAACACGCGAAUUACUCUAAAACAAGCAAGAAGUGGUAAAGUUCCUAGGAAAAUUAGAGUUUAUGCCGAUGGUAUUUAUGAUCUCUUUCAUCAAGGACACGCACGGCAACUUUUACAAGCUAAGAAUAUUUUUCCAAAUGUUUAUCUUAUUGUUGGAGUGUGUAACGAUGAAUUGACACAUAGCAAAAAAGGAAGGACUGUAAUGACUGACUUAGAAAGGUAUGAUGCCGUUAAACAUUGUAGAUACGUAGAUGAAGUUGUUCGGGAUGCACCCUGGGAGCUUGAUGAUGAAUUUAUAAAGAAGCACAAGAUUGACUUUGUUGCUCACGAUGACAUACCAUACAUGACGGAUGAUGGAUCGGAUGUUUAUGCGAGAUUAAAAGCUAAAGGUAUGUUCGUCGCCACGCAGAGAACGGAGGGUGUUUCCACGUCGGACAUAGUUGCGAGGAUAGUCAAAGAUUAUGACAUAUACGUCAGAAGAAAUCUCGCGCGAGGCUACAGCGCAAAGGAACUCAACGUGUCUUUUCUCAAUGAGAAAAAGUUUCGUCUACAAAACAAGUUUGAUGACCUAAAAGAUAAGGGAAAACGAGUGAUGGAAAACAUUGGCGAGAAACGCAUGGAUAUGAUAAGCAAGUGGGAAGAGAAAUCUCGGGAUUUUAUUGAUGCUUUCCUCUUACUCUUCGGCAGAGAAGGCAGAUUGUCAACAAUUUGGAAUGAAAGCAAAGGUCGUUUAAUGCAAGCGUUAUCUCCACCGGCAAGUCCGAAAAGGGACAGCAGUCCAAGCAGUAGUAACAGUAGUCACAAUGAUGAAGACCAAACAAGUCCACCACCGAAGAAAACGGGACGCUUUGAGUUUUCACCAAAUAAUCAUUAUUUAAGCGAUGAUUACAGUGAUGAUGAAGAGGAACAUCUACACUCCAAAUGAUAACUAAUUACUUUGAAAAGGCACAUAUACUUUCUGACCAAAAUGAACGUGCAAUUUUUAUUUAUUACCUUACAAGUUUAGAUGUAUUUUCAUACAACAACUGCUGAUGAUGCUAUGCUUGACGGAUUUUGUAUGAUAUUUGAAUAGCACUAUAUAUUAAACAAAAUUGCCUGUCGUGAUGUGAGAGUUUAGCGUUUUUGCAAAUUUUAUUAAAUAGAUCUUAAAAAAAAAGAUCAUAGAUACAUGUAGACUAUCUGAGCCAUAUACCACUCAAUGUUUUUUUUAGCGUUUGAGAUAUUGCUUUUGAAAUAUUGUUACACCGCUUAGUUCCUAUAUUACUUAAAGCAUUAUUUUACCUUUAAUUUUGGUACUUUCUCAUAAGUGAAAAUCGGAAAUGGAUAUGGUACAUUUUGAUAUGUAUCCAUAAUUUCAAGAACACGAAAUGUUGAUUAAAAUUGUAUUUAAUGUAAGAUAUUACUGUGUACUUUUAUGGUUAAUUUUGUACAGAAAUUUUUAUAACGUUAAUUGCAUAAAUAAUUUAUCUUUUACUUUUGGAUAAGCAAGUUCAAUUGUAAUAUGAUUUAAACACAUGCAGUUAAUAUUACGAGUUAAGUUCUACUUUAAACACAGUAACUUGAUAUUUUGUGUAAAUAACAAGACGUACAAAACAGAUACUUUUAGGCUCAUAGAUUGAAAAAUUUUGUUGUAUUUUGUAUUGCAAAC